UGGCUUUUCAUAUCCAUUGUAAGAGAAAAAAAAAUGUUGUCACUCAAGAUUUCAGCAGCCCUUUCUUUUCUCAUUAGCUUGUCCUUAAUCCUCUCCUCUCAUGCCCAGAACUUACCACAAGACUACAUCAAUGCCCAUAACGCAGCUCGUGCAGCUGUAGGUGUUGGGCCUAUGACUUGGGACAACACAGUAGCUGCCUAUGCACAGAACUACGCCAACCAACGCAUCAACGAUUGCAGGCUUGUGCAUUCAGGUGGACGUUACGGGGAGAACAUUGCAUGGAGCAGUGGUGACCUUUCUGGGACAGCUGCUGUGAAGUUGUGGGUCGAUGAGAAGGCAUUCUAUAAUUAUAAUUCCAAUACUUGUGCUGCAGGGCAGCAGUGUGGGCAUUACACUCAGGUGGUGUGGCGAAACUCGGUUCGCUUGGGUUGUGCUAAGGUUAGGUGCAGAAAUGGAGGCACUUUCAUUACUUGCAACUAUGAUCCUCCUGGCAACUUUGUUAACCAGCGUCCUUAUUAGAUAUUCAUGUUAUCAUAGCUUGCUUUUGUGAUGCUUUUCGAUUUCUCUAUGAAUAAGUCUAAAAGAACUCGAGAUUUUCUGAGAAAAUUAUCGAGUUUUUACUCCUGUUUGAGAUGACAAUGGGAGGAUUACAGACAGAAUAAGGAGAAUAGAUUAUGAAACAAAUUAUAAAAUUGUAUUUCAUGCAUGUACUUGUUCAUGAAUAUAAGUGUAAUCCGUUCCUCUAUCAAUAGUUUGAUUAACUUUGCACCUCA